AGUAUACGAAAAGCUUGGUAACUAAAAUGCAAAGCACCAAAACUUUAGGUCUAAAAUAAUUUUACAGACGAAUCCUACCCGUUCACCCACCAACCUAAUUGAUUUUGAGUCAAUGGGUUUGGGUUAGAUGUGUUUUAAGUUGAUGGGUUUGUUAUUUCCACACAUAUCUAAGUCCUUGUCUUGUCCUUGACCUGUAUCAAUGGUUUUGUUGUAGCAGGCAGACGAAUGAACGGCUUUGCAUCUGGCGACGAGAGGGUUUCACAUUUAGGACACAAUUACGACUCCAUGGACGAUUCUCCAUUACCUCAGAGAUCACCAAGUUUUUUCUCACCAAGGGAAGCAGAUGCAGGCAGCUCGGGCUACUUUUACCCCAAUCCUCAUAGAUACCACCACUUGCAGAAGAAAUUUCAGAGAAGCAAAUCGAAGAAAGUGGUGGGGACUUCAACUCUAUCCCCUAUGGGACCUCAGAUGGUACCUUCAUUCAAUCAGCGCAUGUUUAUGAAAAGGAAUACUAGCUUUCAUCACUGGCCGCACGAACGACAACCUGAUCCCCAUCUAGACUGGUCUCUUCAGCACAUGCCUGACCAAUUGGAAGGCUCGGAUCUUGAAGAAUUACGAACUCGUGAUGCAUCUAGUGCAGCUCAACAUGCUCUCAAGGUGGCCAAGUUCAAAAGAGAGAAAGCUCAGAGACUACUCUGCAGGGCUGAUUUAGCUAUCCACAAGGCUGUUGUUGCCCUGAUGACAGCCGAAGCUAUUAAGGCAGCUUCCUCAGAGGAUGCAAACGAUGACGACCUAUGAUAUACGAGGUUUGGAAUUCUUUCUUUGGGAACUUUGGCAGCUAGAGGGUUGCCUGUGGAGUGUGAACUCUGCAUUUGGUUUUUGCAUAUAGCCCUGGUUAGAGAGGGGGACAAUGGUGGUGGUGGUCUUGUACCGAGGUACGCGUUUGGCUACUCCCUUGGUGGUUUCGUGAACCCGGUUCGAUGUGGCACUGAUGAUCCAUCCUGGACGUGACUGGUGAGGGGUGUUGCUGGAAUUUUGGGCCUGGAUUUUCCUUUUGUACAGAUUUUUUCACUUUUCCUCCCUCUUUACUUUUUAGCCUUCUCCAGGGUUCUCUGUUUCUUCUUCACCUUCUUUAGCCUUGAUGCCUGAGAUAGCAGCUUUAGCCGAAAUAAUACAACACUCCUUGGUAUGGUAGUAGAGAAGGAGAGGAGGUAAGAAAAAAGGUUUGAGAAGAGUUGCUUGGUAGAUAGAUUGAAAUGCUGCUGCAGGUUUCGGGGAGCGUUUGUUCAUUCGAAAAAAGAAGAAAAAAAAAAUCAUUUUUAGGGUUAGGGAUAUGUACCAAUGGUGAAGAACAUAUCUCGGGAAAUAGGGGCAGGAAAAAAGGGGGAACAAGUUGUGUAAGUAAAUUAUCCUUUUUUUUUCUUUGUUCUUUCUAAUUUUUCAUAGAGGUGAAAUUUGGAGGCAAAUGAAAAGAGAUCCUGUUGUUGAUGUCUGAUGAUGUCCCUAGCCUUGCUUUUCGUUUCCAUGGCUCUGCCUUUGUACAGUUGCUGAGUUUCUUGAUCCAACGGGACUGGCAUUUGUUGAAUGUAUCCUCACUGAUACUGAAAAAUGAAAGAUGUAGCAUUGUUUGGAAGUUUGCGAUUGUCAAAUAGAUGUAUUGUUGAGAAUGCAUGUAUAAUAUUAUACAUGUAUUGUCGAAUUUGAUGCAUUGUAGAAUACAACGUUUGAUAUGUG